UGAGCGGCAGAUGGGACGCAGGUCGCGGUACGCUCAGCGCUCUUUAAUGCAUUUUGUUUUAAGUGUGCAGUUUCUAACUUGGCUAAAAUGGACACUUCUCCAGUCGAAGUUUAAUCGGUUUGAGAAAUGAAACCGCUGAUCAAAUAUUUGUUUGGAUGUUAUUAAACACGCGCACGUAAGAAAACAAGAGUUUCAUGAUGAAGAUGAAUUGUGGCGAACUGUUCUGGAUAUGAUUCAUAUAUUUGAAUUCUUCGGUCUGUUCCUGUGUUUCGCGAAAGGUGUGUUUGGUGUUGAUACGGAUGGAUUGAAGUCAGUGUCGGUGAUGGAGGGAGAUUCUGUCACUCUACACACUGAUGUUACUGAAAUACAGAGAGAGGAUCAGAUACUGUGGAUGUUUGGACCUCAAGACACUCGUAUAGCUGAAAUCAUUAAACGGUUCAAUUCAAGCUCUAUAGAUGAUGAUGAUGAUGGAAGAUUCAAAGACAAACUGCAGUUGGAUGAUCAGACUGGAUCUCUCACCAUCAGAAACAUCAGAAUCGAACACUCUGGACUUUAUAAACUACAGAUCAUCAGUAAGAAAGGAACUUCAUACAAGAGAUUCAGUGUUACUGUAUACGCUCCUCUGCCUGUUCCUGUCAUUAUCAACAACUCUUCAAUCUGUUCAUCAUCAUCAUCAUCAUCAUCAGGAAGAUCAUUGAGCCCAAAAUGUGUCUUUCAAUGUUCAGUGGUGACUGUGACACAUGUGACUCUCUCCUGGUACAAAGGAAACAGUUUAUUGUCCUCCAUCAGUGUGUCUGAUCUCAACAGCAGUCUCUCUCUGGAGGUGGAAUAUCAGGAGAACAACAUCUACAGCUGUGUGGUCAACAAUCCCAUCAGAAACCAGACUAAACAUCUCAACAUUAAUGAAGUCUGUCAGAUGUGUUCAGAUCAGAUAUCACGUUCAUAUCUCAUAUCAUCACUGAUAGUUGCUGGAGUUGUGGCACUGGUGGUGAUAAUUGCAGUUUCUGGAGUGAUUUACUGGUACAUCAGAGAUCGUAAACAAGCAAGUCAAGAGGUCCAAUCUCAUGAAGAUGAGAUACAUUAUGCUCAACCAAACCUUUGUGCACAUUAUGUUCACAAUACGGAAACUAGUGGAGCAGAUCUCACCGAAUACUCGAGUGUUAAGACAAGCUAAGACCACAUCAACUCGACUUUGCAGGAUUUCUGUGUUAUUCAUUUUACCAACAUACAUUAAGUCAAACUUGCAGCACACUUUUCAAAGGAAGUUACUGACGGAUUCCAGCACAUAAAGCCACAUUUCAACAACUCUAUAUCUCACAAUCCUGUCCUGCCCAGACUUGAGACAGAUCUGAUCCACCUUAUUACCAUCUUCAUAAUAAACACCUUAAGAACUGCACACAGAGCUAAGAUAAGAUCUUGUCUAGACUUUGAGUUCCUCAUGUCAUAUCUGCCUUACAAAGCAUCAGUGUUUCUUUACACUUUCGUAUUUCAAAGCAAAUAGUUAACAAGCCACAGAAUCAGUUUUACAACACAAGAACUGCACUGGAUGUCUAGAUGUGUCGUUUUUAAGUAUUUGAGUUAUUAAGUAUUGUGUCUGUAUCCUCAAUUGUUUCCGUUAUUUACUGACUAUUUUAUUAUUGUUUGAUGUUGCUUUGACAUGUAAGUGAAUAACAUUUUAAUAGACUUUGUGGAGUAGAACUUCUUUUAUACUGUUUUUAUACUGUUUUUAUACUGUUAUUAACCAAAUAAAUCUCUGUUAAUA